AUGACCCUGUUAUGGGUUACACUGCUCCUGCUUCAUCAGGGAUAUACACUGACUCCAGUGACUACAGUUCAACUUGGUGAACCUGCGACCUUCACAUGUGUUUUGCCUGGUAAUGAGCUGAACCGUAGAGAUCACCACUGGUACAAGCAGAGUGCCGGGGAUAAUCUGAAAUUAAUUGUGACACUGCGGAAAAAUACAAACCCUGUGUACGGACAAGAGUUUUCUGCCUCAAGAUUGGAAGUAAAAGUUUAUGAGAAUAUUAGCAAUCUGACCAUUUUCAGGACAAUUCAAGAAGAUGAGGGAAUGUAUCACUGUGCAGUAAUGGAUUGGUCUAAGAUUACUUGGAGUGCCACCUAUUUGUCAUUAAAAGGCAACACUCACCGGACAUCAAAUUAUACUGUCAUUCAGGGGACAACAGUAUCUGAUCCAGACCAUCCAGGACACUCAAUAACUCUACAGUGUUCAGUCCUCUCUGAAUCUGAGAAUGAGACGUGUCCAGGAGAUCACAGUGUGUACUGGUUCAAAGCCGGAUCAGAUCAUUCUCAUCCAGACAUCAUCUACACCGAUGGAAAUGGACAUAAUGAAUGUGACAAGAGGUCUGACUCUCAGAAAAGCUGUGUUUAUCGCUUCUCUAAGAACAUCAGCUCCUCUGAUGAUGGGACUUACUACUGUGCUGUGGCCACAUGUGGGAAGAUAUUAUUGGGAGCUGGAACAAAAUUACAAAUCGAGCGGACAGAAAAUUCUGAAUUUAUUGCACUGGUGAUAGCAAUAGUCUGCUUGGUCAUUUCUAUGAUUGGAAAUAUUGUUUUCAUCUUUUACCGAACUCCAAAAACAGUAUGUGAACAGUUUAAAGGAAUAGAAAGCGACUCUUCAUCAGCAAGACAUGACAACUCGAGCCAACCAGUACAUGAUAAUUCUGAAGGUGAAGAUAAUUUGAACUAUGCUGCGUUGCAUUUCACUGGAAAGAAAGACACAAGAGGAAGGAAGCAGAAAGAGUUGAAGACUGAGGAAAGUCUGUACUCUCAAGUUAGAUGCUGACAACCAGCGUGUCCAUGCAAACCUGUAGGUUGGUUUAUAGGACUGACUUCUGAGAGUCUGAAUAAAUUUAAUAAGUUCUAAACUUGAGUGAGCAUACAUAUAUAAGUGCAAGGGCAUAAAGUUUAGCAGGUAUUGUAGGGACAUGUCCCUUCCAAUAUCCAGCAACUAUUUAACUCUCUCUAGCAAUAGUUGUUUGUCUCCAAAAAUGAAAAAAUAAUCACUGUCAGUGUCUAGUAAUUGUAUUUGCAACACAUAAAAAUAAAAUUACAGAGUAUUGUGUUUGAAAUUGACAACCAUUACAAUACAUACAAUAAAUACAUCCCGUACAUGAAAUAAGAUAUGGGCUUAAGUAGAUGUAGAAAUCACUAUAAAACAGAGUCUAGAAACAUUUAAUACAAGAACACAAAAUAAGAAGUGUGCAUAUGCGUCUGUGUAUGCUAACAUAUGCAACCUUAUGUUUGUAUGCAUUGUAUUGUAUCCUGUAUAGUCAGUGUUCACAGAAUUGUUUGAGUUUCAGCCAUUGUUUUAAAUGUGUAUUAAAAACCCUGAGUUCUGUCAAUGUUUUAAUUUCGGAUGGUAAAGAGUUCUACAGAUGUAUGCCUCUUACUGAAAACGAUGUCUGACCAAAUUUUGUUCUACAUUUUGCUGCUAUACAGUUUCCACUUACUGUGCCUCUAGUUCUUAUUCCACUCUUUUGUUUCUCUAGUUGACAGAAUAUUCCUGAUGCAAGGUUGUUCACACACUUAAAAAUUAGUUUAUUAGUUCUGGUCCAUAACUUUUAGUGCCUGUUUAUAUAAAAACAUAAUAGAUGUAAUUGUUGUUUAGUUGGCCUGACCCCAAACAGUUAUGCAAUACCAUAAAUGACAAAAUAUAGAAUGCAUAAACUGCUGUGCUGCCUUAAGGGGUAUAUAUUGUCCUAUUAAAUGGAAGCAGUUUAAAUUUGUCUGACAGUUCUGUUCAGUUCUCUUUACAUGUCUAUCAAACUUAAGAUGAGAAUCUAAAGUAACCCCUAAAAAAUUUUAAUUGAUGUACCUCAUCUACCUAUCUCCUUCUUGUCAAUCUUCAUUCUGAAAUUUUCAUUGACCUUUCUUUUUAUUGAAAAGUACAUAGAGACUGUUAUCAUAGUUCAGGGUAAGAUGAUUAUUUCGGAGCCACUCUGAUACACGGUCCAGUUCUUCGGAAAUCAUCCAAUCUAAGGGGUUUUUGCUGAGACAUAUAUAAUUGUGUCAUCUGCAUACAUCUACUACAAGUCCAGUGCAUUUUAAAAGCCUCCCCCCUCAUAUGCCUCAUUGUGGUUUGGUCCGCUGCCUAAGUUUUUCAGAUCCUCAAAGACUUUAUUUCAGCAAAGCAACUAGCGACAGAUCUAGUGAGUUAAUUCGACCAUCAGGGGGAAAUAAGAAAUAUUUAAAAGUAUAUUACAUGGUAGACUAAUAUAUUCCCCUGAAAACUUUGUAAUAAUGAUAUUGUUUUGUGACAUGAAAUAUCUUCUUUUGGUCCCUGCAAAUGUUGAGACCAAGCCUACACCCUUGUUAAAGUGUAUGUAUGGUGCCUACCAGUAUUUGCAAAAGUUCUUUAUGUUCUGUAUGUUACUGUAGGUUGAUCCUUUCAUCGUGUUAUGUUUCUGUGUAUGUUAUUUGUUUGUUCUGCUGAAGGUAAAACCUUGUAAGUGAUUAUUAAAGCAUACGACUGUCUACAA